AUGUCCCUCAAGCUAGAGUCCAUAUGGGCCGCCUCCCCCACCACCACCCGCGGCACCCCCACCCCGCUCUCCUCCGACAGCAAAGGCGAACGCCUGACCUACGCCUCCAACAAAUCCAUCUUCGUCCGCUCCAUCGACAACCCCUCCACAGCCAAACAAUACACCGCCCACACCGCCGCCACAACCGUCGCCCGCUUCUCCCCCUCCGGCUACUACAUCGCCAGCGGAGACGUCACGGGCACGGUGCGAGUCUGGGACUCCAUCGGCGCAGAGACGACAAAAGGGGAGUAUAGUAUCAUUGCGGGCAGGAUAAACGAUAUAGCAUGGGAUGGCGACAGUCAGCGGAUCAUCGCAGUGGGCGACGGGAAGGAGAGAGGCGGUGCAUGCAUCACCGCCGAUUCCGGGAACAGCGUCGGUGAGAUCAGCGGACAUAGUGCCCAAAUCAACUGCGUGAGCAUACGGCAGCAACGACCCCUCCGCGCCGCGACGGGGAGCGACGACACGACACUUUGUUUCUUCCACGGCGCGCCCUUCAAAUUCAACACCAGCGUGAGAGGGAAACACGACAAAUACAUCUAUGGCACGCACUUCAGCCCGGAUGGGAGUUUAUUGGUGAGUGUCGGCAGUGAUCGCCGGAUUUGGUUGUAUGAUGGCAAGACGGGGGACGCGGUGAAGCAGGUGGGCGAGGGUGAGCAUAAGGGGAGCAUUUUUGGCGUGAGCUGGGCGGGGGAUAGUAAGAGACUAGUCACGUGUAGUGGGGAUCAGACGGUCAAGAUUUGGGAUGUUGAGGCGGGGAAGUGCACGAGGAGUUGGAGGAUGGGGGAGGAGGGGACGGUGAGUGUGCCUGAUCAGCAGGUGGGCGUGACGUGGCCGGGGGGGAGACAAGAUGGAUUGGUGAUUUCGGUGGAUCUGGAGGGGAACCUCAACUACUUCCAAGAAAGCAGUCAGAAGCCUGUUAGGAUUGUGAGGGGACAUCAGAAAGCCAUCACCGCCGCCACCGCUGCAUCGUUAGACGGCGGAAGCAGAACCCUCUGGACCGGCAGCUACGACGGCCGUAUCCGCUCGUGGGAUCUGUCUACCAACGCCGGCACCGCGCACGAGAUAGAAGGCGCGGGCCACUCCAACUACAUCGCCGGCCUGGCCGCGUCACCUCACAAAGGGAACGAAGGGAGAAUCUUCAGUAUAGCCUGGGACGACACCCUCCGCACCAUCGCCUCCCACCAAGAGACCUUCAUCGGCACCGCCACCAAACUCCCCACCCAACCCAAGGGCGUCGCGAUCGCAAGUCUAAACGGCCAGUCGCAGACGCUUGUCGCGACCGCUUCGGUGAUAAAAGCGUAUGCAGAGGGCGAGCAAGUGAGUUCACAAGCCCUACCAUCCCCACCUGUCUGCCUCGCUGCGGCGGGAGAGACAGUGGCGGCCGGGUGCGAGGACACCAGCGUGCGGAUCUUUUCCUUACGAGGCCCCACCUCAUUCGACGCGAUGCCCACGCUCACGGAACCGACCCACGCCAUCUCCGCCCUAGCCUUCUCGCCCGAUGCCAGUCAUCUGGCCGUCGGGACGUCGAACGGGAAGAUCUACGUCUACUCCUCCUCCUCCUCCUCCUCCUCCUCCUCCACCUCCACCGCUUCCUCCUGGUCUCUAAAAACGAACCGCUGGUCCGCCCACACCGCCCGCGUAACCGCCAUCUCCUGGUCCCCCGACGGCACUAAAGCGGUAAGCGGUGGUUUGGAUACGAACGUGUUUGUCUGGAGUCUGGCGGAGCCGGGGAAGAGGGUUAAGGCGCUGAAUGCGCAUAAGGAGGGGAUGGGCGGGGUGGUGUGGGUGGACGAUGGUGGAAAGGGGAGGGUGGUGAGUUGUGGGGCGGAUGCCGCGGUUAGGGUUUGGGGGGUUGAGGGGGUGGUUUGA